AUGGGCAUACUGAGGGAACUGGGGUUACUCCCGGUCACAAAUACCCGUGGAUCCGCGUCGGGGCGGGUGCGGUCCGACAACACGCGAGCAGCCACAGACACUGGCGGCUCCGAAAGGUUCAAUCAUGGCAACCGACCAAUUACAGACGGUUGUAUUGCGGACGACCAGCUCAAAUACGUCGACCAAGGCAGUGGCCCCGUCGUGGUGCUCAUUCACGGCCUGCUGGGCGCGCACUCCAACUGGGAACCGCAGAUCGAGACGCUCUCGCGUCAUUACCGCGUGAUCGCCCUGAUCUCUUCGGACACGGUGCGUCGGACAAGCCUGCCGGCGACUAUUCACUCAGUGCUCACGCCGCCACUGUGCGUGACCUCCUCCGAAGCCCUCGACAUUCCGUCGGCCACCCUGGUCGGCCACUCCCUCGGUGGUGGGAUCGCGAUGCAGACGCUGUAUCUGUUCCCGACCGGGUGGAGCGGCUGUGCCUGG